AUGCGAGCAGAGGUGUCUUUUCGCUGCGAUGGGAUCAGCCGAACUGGCAGUGAUGCUGUCAAGGCAGCCAUUGCCUCACAUCUGCAACAAUGCGCGGGAGAGGCUGUGAUGAGCUUAGUGGAGGACAUCACACACCACAUGAUCGAGCUAUCUACACGCAUGGCCACGGCACACGCCCAGCAACAAGUACUGGCGCAUGGGCAAGCCGACGACGCUCCUCGGAUGCUGUAUAAACGGUGCACAUUCCUGUGUGACCACAUGCUGAGCGGGCGGCAGCACAAGAAGGAAAGCAAAGUGCGGGACGUGUGUGAGGGGUUGGGGUUGACUGGGGCGCUGUUCUACGGCAAGCCGAGUGUGGUGAUCGUGGAGGGCUCAGAGAGUGAGAUCGAGCAGUUUGUGCGUGAGGCGGGAAGGCAGGGGAAGGCUAUGAAGAAACGCAAGACGCAGAGCUUGGUCGUUGGCAAUGCCGAUAGGAGGUAUCAGAAGUUUGUGCUCGUGCAGGCUAUAGGGAAGACGGACACUCUCGACACAGGCACUCUGAAGGAACAUCUAGAGGACCUGGGGAUAGGCGCGAAGUUUAAGCACAUCAUCGGUGUAGAAGAGCUGCAGUAG